AUGCCCAUGUCGCGCGAUCGUCAAGAGGAGAAACGUCCUAGGAAACGCGCCAGAGUCGACAGUGAUGACGAGGAUCAACAGCAGCAGCAACGACAGAAAGCUAAUGGAACGCCUCUUCGCGCAGGGGUAAACGGCAGUGCUAGCAACCCUAAUACACCAAAGAAGGAGCCGAUCCGACAUUGGAGAGUGAAGGCAGAAUACUGGGACAACACGCCGACGAAAGAAGUUGCUGACUUGGAUGAUGUGUUCUACCUCUCAGAUCCCAGUGCGACCGUGUACAUUAGAUGCAAGGAUACGAUGUUCAAGAUUCACGAACGAAUGUUUACAUGUACCGAGUUUUUCCAGGAAUGCUUGGACUCACAUGGGCCUACAUCGAUCAGCAACCCCCAUAGGAUGGUUGCGGCCACUGUUGACGAACUGCGUGCAUUCUUCUGGGCACUCUAUGCUACAGACAGCCAACUCGCAGAGAAGAUCACUGAGUUCCCCCACCUGCAACGCGUCUUCCGCAUAUGUUCAAUGACACGCAAGUAUCCCGACCUCCCAAGGAUGAUUGAGUGGGCCGACGCACAGGUACGCUCUGUCGCAGCUGACAACGUGUUCAUGGACUCGUGCUCCUCUGCCGCGCUCGCCGAGUUCACGACCUUCGCCAUCCUGCACGAGUUUCCCGACGAGCUCGCUCUCAUCCAGAAGAAAUGGUGCGAGCGGCUUCAGAGCAAGAGCGCUCCGUCGGUGCCUGCCAUCCAGGUAGCGGACGAGUACCCCGAGGACCUGAAGGAGCUCAGAGGCAUUGCGUAUUACUUGCACAUACAGGAUAUGAUGGAUCGGCAGACCCAGUUCACCGAGAGUGGCGCGACGCACCUCUUUGCUGACCCAAAGCUUAACAACGGGCAGGUGAUGCGCCUCCUCGCAGGAUACUGGUCCCUGAGCGCUUUAUGGGAGCGUCUGAGGCUCAAGCCAGCUGAGCUUCCUCUUGGAGCGAGCUGCUGUGACGAAGCUCAUGCGAAGUGUAUUUCUAUCUGGGAAAGGCGCUGGACGUCUGCUGCUGGGUGGAAGAGGAUCCUGGGGAUCAACACGGCAGAUGCCCUGGCUCUGCUUUCUUGCUUGCAAGACCAACUUUCGAACGACGACGACCUCAAGGUCAUCAACCCCGACUGCCGCCGCGCUGGCCUAGAGGAAAUCAGGAAACUACGCGAGAAAACUAAGGAUGGUCUCGGUGACCAUUUCGCCGGCGUCGUCUAA